AUGAUAUUAGGACGGACUACGGAUGUCAGUUUUGAACAAUAUUCAACAGUUACUGAUGGUAGCACCACAACUGAUCCUGUACCGUCAACGCAAUUAACAAAUGCCAGUCCUGCGCCACGUUCAACAAUUACGAAUGGCAGUUCCACAACUGAUCCUGUACCGUCAACGCAAUUAACAAAUGCCAGUCCUGCGCCACGUUCAAGAAUUACGAAUGGCAGUUCCACAAUCAAUCCUGUACGGUCAACGCAAUUAACAAAUGCCACUGCUGCGCCACGCUCAACAGUUUCGAGUGGCAGUUCCUCAACUGGUUCUGUACGGUCAACGCAAUUAACGAAUGCCAGUGCUGCGCCACGUUCAACAGUUUCGAGUGGCAGUUCCACAACUGAUCCUGUACGGUCAACGCAAUUAACAAAUGCCAGUGCUGCGCCACGUUCAACAGUUUCGAGUGGCAGUUCCACAACUGAUCCUGUACCGUCAACGCAAUUAACGAAUGCCAGUGCUGCGCCACGUUCAACAGUUUCGAGUGGCAGUUCCACAACUGAUCCUGUACGGUCAACGCAAUUAACAAAUGCCAGUGCUGCGCCACGUUCAACAGUUUCGAGUGGCAGUUCCACAACUGAUCCUGUACGGUCAACGCAAUUAACGAAUGCCACUGCUGCGCCACGUUCAACAGUUUCGAGUGGCAGUUCCACAACUGAUCCUGUACCGUCAACGCAAUUAACGAAUGCCACUGCUGCGCCACGUUCAACAGUUUCGAGUGGCAGUUCCACAACUGAUCCUGUACCGUCAACGCAAUUAACGAAUGCCAGUGCUGCGCCACGUUCAACAGUUUCGAGUGGCAGUUCCACAACUGAUCCUGUACCGUCAACACAUUCCAAGCAAAACAUGACGAGUAAGUAA